UAAGCUUGAGAUAGGGUUUAAAAAAAUAAUUUAAAAUUAGUUGCCCCUAGACUGUGAAGAAAUUAGAAUAAACAAAAAAAUUUAUAAAAUGAGAAUACAAUUUAUGAUAUGAUAAUUUGUAUUGAGCAUUAAUAUGUGCAAUUGGUUUGUUCUUGAGAUAUUUUGUUUAUUAUUCUAUGUUUUUUGAUUUUAUUGUUUCAAAUAUGCUCCACCCAAAGGAACGAGUUCCUAGUCCAAAUUUGCAUGCUUUAAGUUGCACAACAUCUGGUUCUUCAUCACCAAAUCAAUUGGAUGUGCCACUAUUAUCUCCAUGGAAAAGAAGUAAAAGUAAAAUGGGGUGUGUAGUACAGUUAAGAUCGAAUGAAGACUCACAACAAUCGGAUUUAGAAUCAUAUCAUUUUACUAAAAGUUCUACAUCUUUCAAGAUUGGUGAUGGCGGUGUUUCAUUUAAGGAGAUGACAAACAAACAGUUUCAGUAUGCAAUGCUAAUGAAACUAGAUUCAUUGCAGCAAAAUCAAGUUAAAAUUAUGGAGCGAUUAGAGAACAUGGAAACACAUCCAAAAAGUGACACUAUUGAUUUGGGUGCCAUAAUUGCAAUCCCACACAGAGAUAUUGGGUGUUUUAAUGAUGAAGAAGAAAAUCUUAGAGCAAGUUCUCGCGCUAGGAAAAACAAGAUCACUCAAAUCAAAGCUGUUGGUGGUGCAACAGCCCGCAAAACUGUCAAAAAUAUUUUAAACCAGUUGAUGGUGCCACAAGUCCAAAACUUAUUUAGUAAAGAUGGAUUGAAAGGCAAGCUUAAGUUUACAGCUACGCAACAUUACAAUUGUAUUAAAGAAGGCUUAGUAUCCGAAAGAACUGGUUAUGAUGCUGCAACUAUCGAAGCCCUUGUUGGAGAUUUAUUGAAGCGGGCAUUGCCGAAAGUGAAAACAAUUAGCAAUGUUGACGUUCACGAAGAAGAAGCAACAUAAAAUUGUUUCUUUGUAUAUUUAUUAUCUUUAAAAGUAAAUGGAUUUUACACA